AUAAUUAGUAGUUAUGUACGGAUAAUGUUCAUGUUUAGGUUCAUCUUGCCGGCUCUGGCCUUGGACCGUAUGGGUCGUCGCAAGACGAUGAUGUGGGGAAGUGCAGGACUUGGCGUCUGCAUGCUCAUGAUCUCGAUACUAUUGUCGCGGGUGGGAUUCACUGGCGGUCAAGCUUGUGCUUCGGCGUCUGUAGCAUUCUUCUUCCUGGAAGUACCCAGAUACAACUUGAUAUUUGGCAUGGGAAUGUAUUGCGUCCCAUGGGUCGUCGUUCCCGAAAUCCUGCCCCUCCAUGCACGAACUCGAGGUACUGCCGUCCGUUUCAAUUCCAACUGGCUAUGGAACUUCCUUGUCGUCAUGAUCACCCCGGUAAUCAUCAAUCAGCUUCAGUGGAAAGCCUACCUCAUCUUUGUCAUCACCAAUUUCUUAAUUGUGCCAAUCAUCUACUUCUUCUAUCCUGAGACUAGCAACUUCAGGUUGGAAGAUAUCGACGAGUUUUUCACCUCGGGUGGUAAUCCAGUCAAGGUUGCGAAGGAAAUGUCAAAGGUAAUGAGGGCUGGAAAUGAUGCCGAGAAGCUGUCAAGCGUUUCUGAGAAAGAAAAGGUGGAGAUUGAGCACUCGUAAGAACUCGAGCAGAGUUAGGAGCUGGUACCUCGUGGCGUGCCAUGGCAUGUAAGACGGGGGAUAACUUCGUGCCAUAGUUCUCAACAAGUCUUGCUCAUCAACGAUGGUGCGAUUCGGCUGACUCAAUGAGCUCAUGACCGCCCCAGCAACGCCAUAACGUUGCACCCAAGAAGAUGCCCUAAUUUACUAAGGUCAUCAAUGGGGAUAUCGUCGACGUGGAAGCAGAUAUAAAUACCUGUU